UCAAAGCCCAUCUCUUCCAUAGACUAUAAGCUUUCCAUGGCUUUACUUGCCGACAAGCUAGACCUCUCCGAUGACGGUAGGGUGCUCCAGCGAUACUACUGUAGCAUGAAUGGGUUCAGCGCGAGGAUCUUCUCUUCAAAAAUAUCAAGUAACUCAUCAUCAUAAGCUAUCUUCACAUCUAUAUAAAGAGACGCAUUCCAUUUGGUGGGCAGAUAAAUCUAGCGAAGCACAAGUUCUGAACAAAUACUGGCGCCGGCCGCGGCCGAGGUCCGGCACGGCAUGCAGCAGCGCUGAUGAGCAGCCGGUGCCGUCACUGCUGGACGCGCAGCUCGAGCUCUGGCACCACACCUUGGGCUACAUCAAGGCCAUGGCGCUCAAGGCCGCCCUGGACCUCUGCAUCGCCGACGCCAUCCACCACCACGGCGGCGCCGCCACGCUGGCCCAGAUAGCCGCCAGGGUCGCGCUCCGGCCGUCGAGGACCCCUUGCCUGCGUCGCCUCAUGCGCGUGCUCACCGUCACCGGCGUCUUCAGCACCGCCCGACAGCGUCCCGCGGGCGACGGCGGCGGGGACGAUGAGCACUCCGACGACGCCUCCUACGGUCUCACGCCGGCAUCUCGGCUCCUGGUCGGCUCGCCGAGCUUGAGCCCUUUCCUGGCGCUGAUGCUCGACGGCGCCUUCGUGUCCCCGUUCCUCGGCCUCGGUGCGUGGCUCCAGCAGGGGGAGCACGAGCAGCUGCCGGUGCCGGAGCAGCCGUCGUCGUCCCUCUUCGAGAUGGCGCACGGGAAGAAGCCGUGGGACCUGGCGAGCCGCGACCCGGCCUUCACCUCGCUCUUCAACGAAGGCAUGGUCGCCGACAGCAGCUUCAUCAUGGACAUCGUCGUCAAGGAGUGCGGCGACGUCUUCCGAGGGCUGAGCUCGCUGGUCGACGUCGCCGCCCAGGCCAUCUACAAUGCGUUCCCUGGCAUCAAGUGCAGCGUGCUGGAUCUCCCGCACAUCGUGGCCAAUGCUCCUGCCGGCACCGAUGUCAAGUACAUCGCCGGUGACAUGUUCGACAGCAUUCCGGCCGGAAACGCUAUCUUCCUCAAGUGGGUUUUGCACGAUUGGGGUGACGCCGAGUGCGUCAAAAUAUUAAAGAACUGCAGGAAGGCUAUACCAUUUAGAGAAGAGGGAGGGAAGGUGAUAAUACUGGAUAUGGUAGUUGGAGCAGGAUCAUCUGACCUAAAGCAAAAAGAGACGCAGGUCCUGUUCGAUCUCUUCAUCAUGUUUGUCAAUGGCAUCCAGCGAAACGAGCAAGGUUGGAACAAGAUCAUCUACAAUGCUGGAUUCAGUGAUUAUAGAAUCAUACCAGUCCUAGGUGUUCGAUCAAUUGUCGAGGUCUACCCAUAAACAAAUUUGUUGACGUCCGUUACCAAUAAAUAGACUGGCAGUUAACCUGCUGGGGAUUCUCUUAAAAGUUUUUAAAAAACUGUUGGUGAAGUGCCUACGAGAUAACCAGUUUCUGAGCAUAAGAA